GAAAGAAAGACAAUGGCAUUGAGCAGAUCACAGGUUUGGAGUCCUUGCAGUUAUUCCUCAUCUCUGGAUGCAAAGACUCUAUGGAUGAGACAUCUCAAUUUCAGCAGCAAGGCAGGUUUAAAAUUCAAGUCACUGAGUGUGAAGAUUUCAAAUGAUGGACGAAAUUCCUUCACCCCAAAUUACACAAAGUUAUUCCCUACUGGCUCAGAAUUUAAGAAGAAGGGAAUCAAUGUUGUCACCCAGAAUACAUCACUGAGCAAAAAGCUUGAAUUGCUUGAUGCUUAUGAGGAUGAAUAUGAUGGAGCCAUCGUAGAUGCAGAGUGCUUGCCAACCAGUGCCAAUGCAUUUGCAGCAAUUCUUCAAUCUUCAGUCUCAUACUGGAAGGAGAAGGGAAAGAAAGGGAUUUGGCUAAAGAUACUAGAAAGUCAAGCUGAUCUUGUUCCGAUUGCAAUAAAGUCAGGUUUUAGCUACCACCAUGCAGAACCAGGAUAUGUAAUGCUAACAUGUUGGCUUCCUGAUGAACCAUGCAUGCUACCUUUUACCGCUACACAUCAAGUUGGCAUUGGAGCAUUUAUCAUCAAUGAAAACAAGGAGGUUCUUGUUGUUAAGGAAAAGAAAUGUCCUUUGAGAUGCUUAGGAGUGUGGAAAUUGCCCACAGGUCUCAUCAACAAGUCUGAAGAAAUAUUCUCUGGGGCCAUAAGAGAAGUAAAAGAAGAAACAGGGAUUGACACUUCAUUUCUGGAAGUGGUUGCUUUCAGGCAUGCGCACAAUGUUACUUUCGAGAAAUCAGACUUGUUCUUCGUAUGCAUGCUCAAGCCAUUGUCAUUUGAGAUCGCCAUCGAUGAGCAAGAGAUUGAUGCUGCUAAGUGGAUGCCUCUUGACCAACUGAUAGAUCAACCAUUCCACAGAGAAGACAGCAUGACGAAAAAUAUGAUUGAUAUCUGCGUCGCGCGAUAUGAAGGCCAAUACCGAGGAUUCAAUCCUCAUCGGAUAAUGUCGAAGUUCGAUGAUAGAUUAGCAACACUCUAUUAUGGAGAUAUGGAGGUGGUAGAGAACAAUGGUGUUCUCCUUAAUGAACCAAUGUGGUUGUAUGACAAUGCUGCUUUCUAACUUGCUACAGCAUGUUAAUUCUUCUUAUCAGAGUGUAAAUUGUACUCAUGAAGAAAUCUAUGUAUUUCUCUUGAGUUUGGACAAUGAUAUAUGAAAAAGUAAUUAAAAGCAUGCAAAAUAAUUGAGGAAAUUAUCUUUUCAA